ACUGGCUUAUAUAAUCCCCAUUUUCACCUUUCCUCUCGACCGUGAUUAAAUCAAGGUUGAAAUGGAGCGCAGAGACGGCCGCAACCUCCUCCCGUGUCUUUUUCUCGUUCUUCUCUCCGUGGUCUCCGCUGAUAUCUUCUUCGAGGAGCGAUUCGAUGAUGGAUGGGAGAAUCGCUGGGUAAAGUCUGAUUGGAAAAAAGAUGAGAAUUCGGCAGGCGAUUGGAACCACACUGCUGGAAAAUGGAGUGGUGAUGCAAAUGACAAAGGCAUCCAAACAUACCCAGAUUUUAGAUUCUUUGCCAUCUCUGCCCAGUUUCCUGAGUUCAGUAACAAGGACAAAACAUUGGUCUUUCAAUUUUCGGUCAAGCAUGAGCAAAAGCUUGAUUGCGGUGGUGGUUAUAUGAAAUUAUUGAGUGGCGAUGUUGAUCAAAAGAAGUUCAGUGGUGAGACACCAUACAGCAUUAUGUUUGGGCCAGAUAUUUGUGGAUACACUACGAAGAAAGUACAUGCGAUAUUGACCCGUAAUGGGAAGAAUCACCUAAUAAAAAAAGAGGUGGCUUGUGAAACAGAUCAACUCACCCAUCUUUACACUUUCAUCAUCCAUCCCGAUGCUACAUACAGCAUACUUGUUGACAAUGUUGAGAAGCAAUCUGGUAGUCUUUAUAGUGAUUGGGACCUUCUCCCACCAAAGCAAAUUAAAGACCCUGAUGCCAAAAAACCUGAAGACUGGGAUGAUAAGGAAUAUAUUCCAGAUCCCGAAGACACCAAACCUGAGGGUUAUGAUGACAUUCCCAAGGAAAUACCUGAUGCUGAUGCCAAAAAGCCUGAAGAUUGGGAUGAUGAAGAAGAUGGUGAAUGGACCGCACCAACCAUUCCAAAUCCCGAGUACAAGGGACCAUGGAAGCAAAAAAAAAUAAAGAACCCUAAUUACAAGGGCAAGUGGAAGGCUCCCUUGAUUGAUAACCCUGAUUUUGAGGAUGAUGCUGAUAUUUAUGUUUUCCCUGAUUUGAAGUAUGUUGGAAUUGAGUUGUGGCAGGUAAAAUCUGGAACCUUAUUUGAUAACGUUCUUAUCACUGAUGAUCCCGAAUAUGCCAAGAGGGUUGCUGAGGAAACCUGGGGAAAAAACAAAGACGCUGAGAAGGCUGCUUUUGAUGAAUCUGAGAAAAAGAGAGAAGACGACGAGAAAGUUGAGGAUGAGAAGGAUGAUAUAGAUGAUGAUGAGGAUGAGGAUGGCGAAGCUGAUGGUGAUGAAUCUGAUGUUGAGGAUGCCAAGGAACAUCAUGAUAAAGAUGACGAUAAAGAUGAAGAGAACACAAGCCAUCAUGAUGAAUUGUAAUGCGAUUGGCGAAGGGUAGGUCUGGAAAUUUCCCUGUCAAGCUUCAAGGGAGUGUAGUGGUAGUUUGAAUGGUUGAGCUGAGUUGCUCAUCUUUCUUAAUUUCAGACAAUUUUUUCUCGGCCUAUAAGUCCUUAAGGCAGGUUGCCUUUGAAUGUUCCCUGAUUUUGACUUCAUAAAUGGAUGCGUGUUUUUUUUUUCUAAGUUCGUUUUGUCAUAAUGUUUUAAUCUGAAUUUUGGCUCGGCGUUUGUUUUGCCUGUUUAAAUACUCAGUGCUCAUGUAAUAGAACAUAAGUUUUCUCAAUCUAUUUCUGACCGGAGCAGAAAUUUGAAGUAUCUGCUCCUUUUAUGUGUAGGCAGUGUGCCAGAUUCAGUAUUGCUAAUUCGAUGAGCUUGUUUUA